AUGUUCAAGUUUAAAGCGUUCGUCGGACGCGGCCGACAAGUCAUCGAUGUGUUGUGCACGUUUAUGGUGAUCGUCGCGUGCCUGUUCAACAUCGCGCUGUCGCCGUACUGCAUGUGCGUGAUGGAGUCGUGUCACGAGCACGACUUGACGGUGCUCGUGCGCGUCAAAACGGUAAUGCCUCAGACCGUGGCCGUCGUGUGCCUGGUGAUCCAGGCCAAGACCAUGUUUCACAGCGCGAACGGCGAGUUCCGCGAGUACGAGGACAGGGCGCGCGAGUACGAUGCAUGUUUCCCGGACCGGGUCGGCGGCGCUUAUUUCGUCGCGUUCAUCCUGUCCGCGUACGUCGUCACCAUACUUCCGAUAAACGCGUACCGCUUGUACCUGAUCCACCGGGACGUCCGCGACCACACCGUCACCGCGUUCUUCGUGCUCAUGUACUUGCAAAACAUGUGCACGUGCUCGAUGGAAAUCCACUACUUGGCGCGCUGUUCCAGGCUGUACCGGCGGUUCUGUCGGAUCAACGAGGACAUGUCCACGCUCAAGUUGGCGACGGUCGCCGCUAACCGGUACCCGUCCGUGUUGCUGCAGCAAUCGGUCAACGGACGCGACGACGACGGCCGACGCCGCGGGACAACGUCCGGGACGAGUCCCACGGCCGGCGACGUCGAGCUGCUCCGGAUGAGGCACCAGUGCGUACGGGACGCUGUCGGUGACCUGAACGACUUGUACGGCGUCCAGCUGCUGUUGUCCCUGUGCAUCCUGUGCUUGAUGACCGUGAUCGACACCUACGGCGAGAUGUUCCACAAGUACUCGCUGGCCAUUUCACAGGCGUUCCUGUAUGUGUGGCUGACGCAUUAUUCCUUCAGACUGUUCGCGAUCGUGUUGACGACCCAUUUUACGAUGAAACAGGUGUUUUUAUAUGGUUUUAGCGUCUGUGAAUAA